UGCUCCUGGACGUCUAUCUGAUCUAAGAGAAAACAGCUCAACAUGUGUCACACAGACCUGAAUGCAGACCCUUCACAUCUUACAAUGAAUAACAAGGAAUUAAACUGAGGAAGAAGGUUUGGCCCUGGAAUCUGGAGAAAAAUCCAAAUUCAUGAAGUUUGGAUUCUCCCGUAUCGACACUGACAAACUCUUUAUGUCAGUGGGACCUGGCAGCACCCAUCUAUCCAAAGGAAGACUUGAGGGAUUUACAUUAAUGCGCUGAAACAUGCACUUAAAAUAAGAUUUUUGAAAAAGUUUUUACUUUACAAUCUUUCUGUUAUUUUCUUCAGGAUUCUCAUCUUUUUGAUCAUUUGUGCUAAAUUCCCUAAAUACCUCAGUCAUUUAUUGGUUCUGGCUUCUAUCACAGACUUUCACCUUUUUUUUAACAAAUAAAAUUUCAUUUACUCUGAUUAUUUGUUAGAGACCUAUUUUAAGAACUACAGAACGUUGGCUGCUGUUUAAAACUGUUUGGCAUUUUGAUAACAUGGGGACUAUAUUUUGGACAUUUUCUCUUCUGGCUCUUCCAGGACUAGAGUCUGCCAAGAUCCUCACAGUCUGUCUAAUUGGAGGAAGCCACUAUUUGUUAUUAGAUGACAUUUCUCAUAACUUGCAACAACAUGGACAUGAAGUCCGUAUGCUCUUACAGCUGGGAAACCCUGUCAUUACAGGCUUUUCCUACACAACUCGUGCACACAGUUACCAGACCAGCACCUGGUCCUUAGGGGAGAAAUACACUAAAGAGUACAAUGGCUGGUUCCUGGAGCAACAAGCCCAGUUCUUCCUGGGAAGGGACAGUCUUAAAGCUUUUCUAACCUUCAUGGGACACUUAUCCUAUCAGUGUGACAAGCUUCUAGAAGACAAAGAGAUGAUGUCCCUGCUCCAGAGGGAACACUAUGACGUGGUUAUUCUUGAUGCUUUUAACCCAUGCUCCUUCAUCCUAGCUCGCAAACUUGGUGUCCAGUACAUUGCUUUCUAUCCUGGUUCUUUGAAUGGACCACUGUCCAUCGCUCUUCCCAGUCCAGUCUCUUAUGUACCAGUUUUCAGCUCUGAGCUGUCAGACCACAUGGACCUCUGGGGUCGGGCAAAGAAUACCUUUUAUUCUGUCAUGACUCCUGUGGGCCACACACUUGUGUGGUCCAGGUUCAGGGAUGUCGCUGAGCGCCACCUGGACUCAGGUUCACCUCCUGGUGGCCUGGAGGAGUUACACCGAGGAGCUGAACUGUGGGCUUUCAACACUGACUUUUCCCUGGAGUUCCCACAGCCUCUCAUGCCUUACACUGUGCUGGUCGGGGGUCUGCUGAAUAAACCCUCAAAGCCCUUGGAAAUGGAUCUUGAGGUGUGGAUCUCGGACUUUAAAGAGGCAGGUUUUAUUGUUGUGACCCUUGGAUCGAUGGUCUCCUCUGUCUCUGUGGACUCUCUGCUCACAGAGCUCAUAGUUGGUUUCUCCAGGAUCCCUCAGGGUGUGAUCUGGAGGUAUGACCCCAAACGAUGGCCUUCUUACCUGGACAUACCUCAGAAUGUUAGACUGGUGGACUGGCUCCCGUUGAAUGACCUUCUGGGUCACAAACAAGCACGCCUGUUUAUCACCCAUGGUGGACAAAACAGCCUGCUUCAGGCAGUGUACCACGCUGUUCCUGUGUUGGGAAUGCCUCUGUUCGGAGACCAGUUUGAUAAUGUGGUGAGAGCAGAAGCAAAGGGACUGGGUUUGACCAUCAACCCCAAACACAUCAGCAGAGAUCUGCUCAGCUCCACCAUUCAAACUCUUAUCAGCGACGUCAGAUUCAAGUCUUCAGCUCUGAGACUCAGUAAGAUCCACAGUUCACAUCCGGUUCCUCCGUCCCUGAGACUGGUUCACUGGGUGGAGCAUAUCCUGCAGAGUGGAGGUGGAGCUCACUUAAGACCAGUUUCACUGAUGCAGCUGUGGUACCAGAGGUAUCUGCUGGACCUGGUGCUUCUACUCACAGUGUCACUUGUCACUCCUGUAAUUCUCUGCUGGUCUUUAUGCAGGAGCAGGGACUGCAAGGAUAAGCACAAAAAACUACAAUAGGUCCCUGUUGGACUACAGAAUAAAACCUCAGGUUGUUUGUCUUCAUACUGUUUACAGAACAACUGUGUGAACUUUACUCCUGUCAAUGUUCAAUAAAUAAAACCAUUCUGGAUUUUUA